AUGGAAGAGCAGGUGUUCAAGGGGGACCCAGACACCCCUCAUUCCAUCUCCUUCUCGGGCAGUGGAUUCCUCUCCUACUACCAGGCUGGGGUUGUGGAUGCCCUUCGGGAUCUGGCGCCUCGGAUGCUGGACACAGCCCAUCGCUUCGCAGGGACGUCGGCGGGUGCUGUGAUAGCAGCCCUGGUCAUCUGUGGGAUCGAGAUGGAAGUAUACCUCAGGUUCCUGAACAAGGGUCUGGCCGAGGUGAAGAGGUUCUUCCUGGGGCCUUUGUCCCCAUCCUGCAAGAUGGUGCAGAUGAUGCGGCAGUUCCUGUACCAGGUCCUGCCCGAGGACUCCUACAAGUUCGCCUCCGGGAAGCUCCACGUGGGCCUCACCCGCUUCACGGACGGAGAGAGCGUGGUGGUCUCCGAGUACACGUCCAAGGAGGAGCUCAUCGAGGCCCUGUACUGCAGCUGCUUCGUCCCCGUGUACUGCGGCUUCAUCCCCCCGACCUACCGCGGCGUGAGGUACAUCGACGGCGGCUUCACGGGCAUGCAGCCCUGCUCCUUCUGGACUGACUCCAUCACCAUCUCCACCUUCAGCGGGCAGCAGGACAUCUGUCCCCGGGACUGCCCGGCCAUCUUCCACGACUUCCGCAUGUUCAACUGCUCCUUCCAGUUCUCCCUGGAGAACAUCACCCGCAUGACCCACGCCCUCUUCCCCCCGGACCUGGUGAUCCUGCAGGAUUACUACUACCGAGGCUACGAGGACACAGUGAUGUAUUUGAGGAGGCUGAAUGCUGCCUACCUGGAUUCCCCGUCCAGGACAGUGUUGUUCCCCCGCGUGGAAGUGUACUGCCAGAUAGAACUCGCCCUUGGCAAUGAGUGCCCCGAGCGCAGCCAGCCGAGCCCCCCAACACGGCGGGAGGAACCCUCAGAGCUUGGUCCCCAGGGGGACAACGGGGAUGGCCACCCGCCUGUGCCCCAACCCGUGAAGACUCCCCAGUCCACGUGCGAGUGCCCUGUGCAGUCACCUGUUUCUCCACCUGUCCCUACGUCCAAACAUCCACCUGCACCACCAAAGACCUCAUCACUGCCACUGUCUCCAAGUGAUUUGCCACCUCUGCCACCAGCCUUGGGCUCAGCUGGGCACUUAUCACCCAGCCCAAUACCUGGCCCGCCACUGCCUUUUGUACCACCUGAGCUGUCACCUGUGUCACCUGGGCAGCAGAUACAACCAUCUGGACUGCCACUCAGCUCACCACCCUCCCAGGCACACACAUCACCCAGGCCACCCCUGGGGCCAUCAGCUGCGGGGACAUCACAACCAUCGCCUGGAGGCUCUCCUUUAGCGUCGCCUGCACAACCACCUGUGGAAGAACUGGGCCCAGAACAGCCCCAAGUGGUUGCUCCCCUCGCCUCUGCAAAUCCCGAAAGUGCGGUACCUCGCGUCCUCGUCCCCGGGAAGGAAACCAUCAGCCGGCCUCGCGCGACGGAGAGCCCGGCUGAGGAUGCAAACUGGGUGAAUAAGGUAUUCAAGAAGAACAAACCAAAACCAAGCAGCACUCGAAAAGGUUUUCCGAGGCAACCGCGGGCCAAAAAACCAGGCAGCAAAGUGCAGUGA